AUGUGUGUUAGUUAUACUUCGCCUUGGUUGCUCCCGACUGGUCGUCUGGUUGUGGAGUCUCCACACCCUAUACACAGCAGAUUCCCAGACGCUGUCGCCAGAAGUCGGCAGAAAACUACUCCUUUUGCUGAUAUGUCAGAAGAGUACGAUACUGUUGCUCCUCCAGGUGCAAAAAGAAUGAAAACGGAUGAGUUUAUCGAACAAAAAAGAGUCCUUUAUGUCGUUCUCGAAGGUUGUAGCCUCGAAUCCGCCAAGAUUGGCAAGGACUAUGUUAUUCUAUGUAGUGACAAACACGCUAACUUCUUGCGAAAGAACAAGAAAGAUCCCGCCGAAUACCGUCCUGACAUUCUGCACCAGUGCCUACUGAAUUUGCUAGAUAGCCCAUUGAAUAGAGCUGGUCAACUGCAAGUUUUUUUCCGCACCAACAAAAGUGUACUUGUGCAAGUCAGUCCGCAAUGCCGCAUUCCGAGGACAUUUGAUCGAUUUUGUGGACUUAUGGUUCAACUUCUACACAAAUUGGUCGUACGCGCUGCAGACAGCUCUCAAAAAUUACUAACGGUGAUCAAAAAUCCCGUCUCAAACUAUCUACCUGUCGGAAGCAGGAAAUUGCUGAUGUCAUUCAAUACAGAGGAGUUGAUUUUGCCAAACAAACUCAUAUCGCCGGAGGACGAAGCGCCCCUCGUUGUUGCGAUAGGGGGAAUUGCCAGGGGAAAGAUCGUGACUGAUUACACCGACCAAAACGUGAAAAUAAGUAAUUACCCACUAAGUGCUGCGUUGACGUGUGCGAAAGUUACAAGUGGUAUAGAAGAAAUCUGGGGUAUAGUGUGA